AUGCACUCCUCAAAGCUCAUAUCCCCAGAUGAGCUGCUUCUAGCGUCAGACGUGCUUCUGGAGGCCGUUUACGCCAAUACAAAGCUCGAUUUUCUUCUUCGAAAUACCCAAAAGAAGAUAGACCCAAAGCCUCAAGUGAAGCAAUCCACUGAUCUUGUCAAGGUUGACAAUUCCAUGGAGAUCGAACAAAAACAGCAAAUCCAACCUUGCAAUACUCUACGAAAAGUGCUAUUGGGUGCACACGACGGCUGGGUCCGUUCCUUAGCUAUAGAUCCAGUCACCAAUGCAUGGUUCGUUUCUGGAGGAGGAGAUAGCAAAAUCAAGAUAUGGAACUUGGCUUCGGGAACGCUAAAAGCGACUCUUCCAGGGCACAUUAUGUCUGUGAGAGCACUUCAGGUGUCGAAAAGGUACCCAUACCUCUUUUCAGGUGCAGAGGAUAAAACAGUCAGAUGCUGGGAUCUCGAAAGAACUAAUUCACCCGCAGGAUGCCAAAUCAGAAACUACCAUGGCCACGUUGGAGGUGUUUACGCUAUGGAUCUACAUCCAGAACUCGAUCUUCUUUUUACUGGUGGAAGAGAUGCUGCUAUCAGGGUCUGGGAUAUUCGAAGCCGAACUCAGAUUAUGGUUCUUACGGGACAUAGAGGAGAUGUUUCGAGCAUUGUCUCGCAGAUUGGUGAUCCUCAAAUAUGCUCUUCGUCCAUGGAUGGAACUGUCAGAUUAUGGGAUAUCCGGAAACAGAAAACUCACUUGACUCUAACACAGCACCGCAAGUCGGUUCGUCUGUUGAUAAUGCACCCUCACGAAAUGACCAUGGCAUCUUGCGACUCCACCGGAAGCAUCAAACAAUGGCUCCUUCCAGGUGGAGAGCUCCUCAAUGAAUUUGGUGAAACAGGCACCGAAACCAUGUCUCCAGUCAUCAACACACUCGCUUUGAACCCUGCCUCUAAUGAACUUUUUGCAGGUCACGGUGACGGCAGAAUGGCGUUUUACGAUUACGAAACCGGACAGAACUUGUCCACUAUUCCUCCAAAGCCUGCCACAGCAGACGAAACUUGUACUAUAUAUACUGCUGCCUACGACAUGCUGGGAUUGCAGCAUUAA